AUGUCCACCGAAGGAUAUUUUGGUAGGGCCUGCAAAACAUGUCGGCGUCGUGGGCGAGGAUGUGAUCGACGACUACCGACAUGCAAUACCUGUGAAUCCAAUGGACUUGCCUGCGAGGGCUAUUUAUUACAAUGGCCAGGACUCGCCAGCCGCGGGAAAUUUGUUGGCAAGAGUAUUCCCGUGAGCACCAGCAAAAGACAAGGAGGGAAAGUAACAAAAGGAGCCAAAGCAGCCAAAGGGGCGAAAGGGGCGAAAGAAGCGAAAGAAGCAAAGACAACAAAUGGAGAGGAAACAAGAAAAUCACGUCGGACUGGGAGCCAGCAGCAUACCGUCCCUUCAACUCCGAUUGCGCUUCCUUCUACUUCCCCUGCUUCAAAUCCUACUUCGUCUCUGCAGUCACCCUCCGAACAAGAAAGGGAAGGCCAUAUCGUCCAGCUGGAUAUUCUGGACCCUCAAGUCUUUCCCGAUGAAGACAUACCAAUUGAUCCACAAUUAUCACUCGAAGAUAAUCUACUUCUUUUUGACAGCUUAGUGGGUUUUCAAUCUAUCGUUGAGGUGGAUACUUCUAUCAAGCCGCCAACCCUGGAUAUUGGAACUCACAUGGAAAUGAAUAACCACUUGUAUCCAACAAUUGAUGCGUUGAAUAUUCCGACCGAGCUGAGAUUUAUCAUGGAAUAUCAUCUUUGCGAAGUAAUACCGAAGCUUUGCGUCGACAACGUUCAAAAUCCAUACCGAGAUUAUAUUUUCCCUCUCGCUAUCGAGAUACCCUCUUUGAUGUAUGCAUGUGCCGCACUAGCAGCAUGUCAUUACGAUGUCAGGUUGUCAACAAAUCAAUACCAGCGGGAAUUUUACAAGUUCAAGGGCAAGGCAAUGAAACGACUCCAAGAAGAUCUAUACUCCCAAGCUCGAGCCAUCCAUCCCGGAACUCUUGCUACAAUACUUAUGCUCUGUCUCUGCGAUAUCUGCCAUGGAGGUGCCUCGGAUUUCGAAUCCCAUUUCCAGGGUGCCAAAAGACUAAUAGAGUUACGUCAAGAGCGCACGCUAGGAUGCUUUAUGGAACAGUACUUGGUUUGGUUGGAUGUAAUGGCUGCCGCAUCCCAUUCUCGUUCAACAAUCUUUGCGGCACAGGAUAUCCAGAACUUGCUUGGUGAAUGCGGGGACUUCUGGGGGUUCGACGCGAUUCCUUGUCCACUAGAUCAGUUUAAGCUUAUUCACGAGAUCGGCACUUUACACAAGGAAUCAUCGAGCUCUGUCAUUAAUUCAACAGAAACACUGAAUCGGAUCCAAAGUAUCAAACAUAGACUGCUGCGUGGUCCAAUCCAUUCACAGAGAGGCCAGAACUGGUUUCACUUGACCGAAGCCUAUCGAUUCGCCAUAAUUCUGUAUUUGCUUCGUCUAUUCUGCUGUGACGUGGAUGACUACGAAUUAAAUUGGCUCGUCAGCAGUGUUUUAUAUCAUGUGAAGUCUACUCCACCUGCGUCUGGCUGGUCCGAUCAGCUGCUAUGGCCAUUAUUCCACGCAGCCGUGGAGAUACGGGAUGUAAAACAACAAGAAUGGAUUCGUGAACGAGCUCAGUGUAUGCAGUACUCCGGAGGCUUUGGAAAUGUGCAAAGUGCACUGAAAAUCUUAGAAAAAGUGUGGAUCGGGAGCCGACCUACUGAAUAUUUGGACUUGAUGGUGGGCUGGGGCCAUGGAACAGUGCUUCUUAUAUGA